AUGUAUGUGCCACUUGCAGAAGACAGAGAGCGCUCAGCUGCUCAGAAGCUACCAAGAAAGAAAUUGAAGCCUCAAGCUGUCCCUCAACCUUCACUAUUCCAUAAUGGGUCUCUGGAUGGUAGUGGACCGCUGAAGGCAAUAAUUCAGCAUGUUCAUCCAACGCUCCCGUCACCCCAAUUGAAUUCGCAGCAUUUUAAUCAUCCAGGAAUCAAUUUUCAAGACGAACGUCUCAGCCAAGAGACACCUCUCAAUGUGUCCCACAAGUUUCUCAAUAAUCAGUAUCAACAGCAUUUUGGCUAUUUCAUGAAUCAGAAUCCAUGUCCUACUGGCUCUUCAGAACUUCAAAUCCCAAAAACCCAAAGUUUCAAUCAAGUGGAUCUCCAAAAUGUGAAUGGGCAUAUUCAGAAUUCGUUCCAAUAUGAUCAUAAAGAACCAGCUGAGCAAUUAGUUCAAAAUCCCGCGUAUUCUGAUCAGCAAAUUCAAUUCAAUAAUCGUAUUAAUCAAAAUUUCAAUGCCCCAUUGCCUGCCCCACUAGUUUCUACAGCUCCAACUCCGAUACUUGCUCCACCAUUGGCUCCAAUGCAAUCUCCCCAACUUGCUCAAUUUCUUCCAAAACCGUAUCUUCCUCCUCCAUACCCAAACCUAAAAAUUGAUGCUCAAGAAGACCCAGACGUCCAAAUCGUGGACAUCAAACCAUCUACCCAUGAGCUUCAAGGGCUACGGGACCUGAAAAAGAAGGAAAUAAUUUUGGAGCCACGCUCAUCGAUUGUCUUUUGUGCUCCAUUUGAUUUGAAUCCAGUUGGACGGUUCAGAAUCAGAAAUUUGUUUUGGGCAAGAGUUGCGUACAAGAUUGAAGACACAAUUGGAACCAUCAAUGCAAAAAGCAAUAAGAUCAUCGAAAUCAGUUGUGAAGGAUUUCAAUAUAAGCCAGACGCAAAAGACAGAAUUCGAAUUUCCCUGACGAAUGCUCCAGAAGAAGAUGGGAAUCUGACGAAAGAAUAUUUUGAUGGAGAUGUCACAAUUAUGAAGAAAUCGAUGUUUGUAGAGUAUCGCGACUGA